AUGCCUUACAAGAAACCCAGCCACGAACCCGUCGCGGUGGUGGGAGCGAGCUGCCGCUUUGCUGGCAAUGUGACUUCGCCGUCACGACUGUGGGAGCUCCUCGCCCUUCCGACAGACUUGACCAGAGAAAUUCCGGCAGAUCGGUUCAACAUCCAUGCGUUCUUUCAUCACGAUGGGGAGCACCAUGGAACGACCAACUCUCCCAAGGCAUAUUUCAUCGAGCAGGACCACAAGGUUUUCGACGCAAGCUUCUUUAACAUCACUCCCAAAGAAGCCGAGGCUAUAGAUCCACAGCAGCGGAUGCUGCUCGAGGUUGUGUACGAGGCAUUGGAGUCGGCCGGUUACACUCUCCAGCAGUAUGCUGGGGAAAAGGUCGCCGUCUUUGCUGGUCAGAUGACCGGUGACUACGACAGUCUCGCGCAGCGAGAUGAACUGUUCAUGAACCAAUACUAUGCCACCGGAAACGCGCGCUCGAUUCUGUCAAAUCGAAUCUCAUACUUCUUCAACUUCACCGGUCCUUCCGUCACCAUCGACACAGCUUGCUCGUCCAGUCUCGUGGCUCUCCACCAGGCAGUUCUAAGCCUUCGGAGUGGGGAAUGCAAGAUGGCCUGCGUUGCUGGCGCCAACCUCAUCCUUACCCCUGAGCAAUUCAUCGUCGAGUCGAACCUGCACAUGCUCAGCCCGACUGGACAUUGCCGCAUGUGGGAUGCUGGUGCCAACGGUUAUGCCCGCGGCGAAGGAGUCGCGGCCAUCUUCAUCAAGCCAUUGAGCCAGGCAAUUGCAGACGGCGACUGCAUUGAAGCGAUCAUUCGCGAAACCGGAGUCAACUCGGAUGGCCGCACGCGCGGGAUCACCAUGCCGAAUUGGGAGGCGCAAUCACGUCUCAUCCAGGACACAUACGGCAAAUCUGGGCUAGACCCCAAGGACCCCGAGGAUCGUUGCCAAUACUUCGAGGCUCACGGCACCGGUACCAGUGCCGGCGAUCCCAAUGAGGCUCGUGCCAUUAAGAACGCAUUCUUCGACAAUGAUUCCUCAACUUCGGAACGAUACUUGAGUCCAGACGAGAAACUCCUCGUCGGAUCAGUCAAGACGGUGAUCGGUCACACCGAAGGCGCCGCAGGUUUGGCUGGCGUUCUGAAGGUUAUCGAGAGCAUGCGACACAAUUCGGUGCCGCCCAAUCUCCAUCUCGAGAAGUUGAACCCGGAAGUGCAGAAGUACUCCACCAAUCUGAUCGUCCCUACCUCCGCCGUCGCCUGGCCCGAUGUUCCGGCAGGCCAACCAAAACGCGGAAGCGUCAACUCGUUCGGCUUCGGAGGCACGAAUGCCCACGUCAUUAUUGAACAAUACGACCCAGAGAUCCAUGGCAUUGCUGUGAAGACGGUGCGCCCGAGUCCUCCGUCAUCAUUAACGCUCGUUGGUCCGGUUGGCCACAGCAGGGAGGCUCAGGUCUGCCUGCCGCUUGUCCUUUCUGCUCCGUCGCCGAGAGCCCUCACCACCGUGGUCAAGACAUAUCGGGACUAUCUGCUCCAGCGCCCGGAGGUUGCCGGCGAAGAGCUAGCUUGGCAUUGCUUCUCACGGCGGACUGCAUUUCCAUUCCGCACCUCCGUGUCCAGUCUUUCAGUGUCUGGCCUCGUCAAGAAGCUUAGUUCGCUCAUCGGCAAGAGUGAAAGCUCCCCUGCGGUCCACAUCGGCAUUCGAGCGCGGCCAGCCGAUGAGCAGCCCAGGAUCCUCGGAGUCUUUACCGGUCAAGGUGCUCAGUGGGCCACAAUGUCUCGUGGCCUAUUACUUUCCAGCCCAGUUUACGCCAACACCAUUCGACGUCUGGACGAAAUCCUCAAGAGAUGCCAUCAGCCUCCUGCUUGGUCAUUGGAACAAGAGAUCCUGGCCGACGAGCACACGUCCAGAGUACAGAAAGCAUAUAUCUCACAGCCCCUGUGCACUGCCAUUCAACUUGGCCUCGUCGAGCUUCUUCGACAUCUCGGCAUCCGGUUCUCCGCUGUUGUUGGCCACUCAUCCGGCGAGAUAGCCGCUGCCUAUGCCGCGGGCAAACUCACCAUCCGAGAUGCCAUGCUCAUCGCAUACUACCGAGGCCUUGGCGUGCACAUGGCGUGCGGCGUGAAUGGCGAGGAAGGCGGCAUGCUCGCUGCUGGUUUGUCCAAGGCGGAAGCGGAAGAGCUCUGCGCGAGGACGGAAUAUUCCAACGAGCUCUGGGUUGCCGCUAUCAACUCAUCAUGCAGUGUCACUCUGUCAGGCAACAUUGAUGCUGUAGAGGAUGCCUGCGACUGUCUGGCGGAAGAGAAGAAGUUUGCCCGUAAGUUGUUCGUCGACGCGGCCUAUCAUUCACCGCACAUGGAGGGUCCUUCGGUCAAGUACCUUGAGAGCUUGACGGCUUGUGGCAUCUCACCAAGACGCGGGAAUGGAACGACAUGGGUCUCAAGCGUCUACGGCUCAGGAGGACCUUCGCGGGCUGAGCUAAAGGGUCAUUACUGGAAGGAAAACAUGGUCAAGCCGGUCCUCUUCUACGAGGCAGUGACCACAGCCUUGGAGACUGCUGGUCCGUUUGACUGUGCCAUCGAAAUCGGACCACAUCCCGCACUGAUGGGCCCGGUCAGUCAGACAAUGAAGGAGACGCUGGGUGCAACAAUCCCCUACUCUGGCUUGCUGUGCCGCAAAGUGGAUGACCGCGAGGCUUUCGCCAGUUUCCUCGGCUCGAUGUGGACUGAGUUCAGUUCGUCUUCUGAGCAAAUUUGUCAGUUUGUCCUCAGCUCGGUACAACCCCAGCUUGUCAACACCCGACUUGUCGAUGCGCCGACGUACCCGUGGGACCAUAGCCAGAGAUACUGGUUCGAGUCACGAAUUUCUCGUCAGUAUCACUUCAAAACCGAGAAGCCCCAUGAGCUCCUCGGGGUUCGGACACGCGAUGACAACAAGCAUCAGUUACGAUGGCGCAACAUUCUCAAGCUGGAGAACAUUCCUUGGGCGAAACACCAUUCCUUCCAGGGUCAAGCGCUACUACCGGCCUCGGCUUAUCUCAUCAUGACCUUGGAUGCAGCUCGAGUUGCCCUGGCUGGUCGACAAGCUUCAGUUGUCGAGCUCCGCAAUCUCAAGUUCCCAUGCGGCAUCGUCCUCGAACGUCAGGGUCCUGGAGUCGAGAUCCUGUUCAGUCUGACCAUUGAUCGCGAUGCUCAGAACACAAUUGAUGCCUCCUUCACCUUGACAUCGGUCAUUUCAGAUGGAAGCACCGACAUGAAGAUGAAUUUCCGCGGGAACCUCACGAUCACCCUCGAAAAGCCAGACGCAGGAUGUUUGCCACCACGCCCUAGGUCCCGUGCUGAGACUCUCCACGCCAGCCCCGAAGCCUUCUACGACAUGAUGGCCGGCACAGGAUUGGCAUACACAGGGCCAUUCAAGGGGCUCAGGACGCUUGAGCGUCGAUACAACUUUGCUUCGGGGACGCUGAAGAAGUAUCACGACGAGGACACGACUGGCUUGCGCAUCAGCCCCGCGACUCUGGACAGCUGCUUGCAGACCGCCUUUGUCACGGUCUCAUCCCCGGGCGACAACGCGAUUUGGACAUCUUUCCUUCCUCAGGAGAUGGAGUGCGUCCGCUUUAACCUCGCCAUCUGCGACAUCAAGGACCGUGCAAGUGACUCUCUCGCAGUCGACGCCUACUUGACUAAGGAGACACCUAUUACUGAACGGAGCGCUGCUUCCUUCACAGCCGAUGUCGAGGUCUUCAACCUCAGAGGUGACCAGGAAAUCCAAGUCCAAGGACUUGCCGUCAGGUCUUUCUGCUGCACCAAGCCCGACGAGGACUAUGAGCUCUACUUGACCAGCAUAUUCGACUUCGACCCGGAUGAUGAGAUCGUCUCUGCAGAGAACUCCGGAGUAUGUGCUCCCAAUCCAGUGCUUAUUGAGAGCUGUGAACGAGUUGCAUCGUUUUAUACCAGCCCCUUUCCCGUGGGCGGACUCGAUUCAGCUCGCUCCGCCCUGUCGGCUACUCCGUGGCCCAGGGAGACGCCGGAAACGCUCGACAACUUCAUACGAACCUCUCCCUACUUCCUCGGAUUGGACUUCAUCCGCCAGGUGGGCAAGGCUCUGCCGGACAUGCUCGUCGAUGUGGUGCCUGCAGUCAUCGAAGAAGUAAACCGACUCGUCCACUUCCAACGCCACAUCUCCCGGGUCGUCCGCCAGAUUGCACACAAGUAUCCACGCAUGAACGUCCUGGGUCUCACGGACCCCAAUCUCGGCAUGACAGAACACAUCUUCGCCGGGCUACAGAACUCCUUCCAGCACUACCGGGCUGGGUCGAGGCCCGAGCCGAACCUUGAGAGCCGCGUACAGUUCACUGAGUCACUGCGGAAGAAGGUUAUGGUCGACAAGCUAGACUUGGAUGCACCUCGGCGGAGUAACGAGCGGUUGUAUGACCUUGUGAUUCUUGCGGCCUCGCUCCUAGAGUCUCACAAUGUUAUCGAGGCGCUCACAGCAAUCAAGCGGAUGAUGCGUCCAGGAGGCUUCCUGGUCCUAGUUGACUCCACUCGUGGAAGCAUUAAGGGCUGUAUCUGGCGCGCUGCUGGCUUUGUGCAGGGCGAGGGCGACGCCAUCUCUCGUCCUGCCUGGCCUGUGCUCCUGAGUCAAUCGGGUUUCGCGGAUUACCUCAAGAAAGGACAUCAGUGCUACCCUUCUGGGUUCUCUUUAAUUGUUCGCCAAGCCGAGUCGCCGGAGAAGGAGUUGCUUCUCCACCCCCUUUCCGGCUCCGCGGUUUCUCGUCGUCUAGCUGAUCGUCUGCUAGUCGUCGGCGGAAAGGAAGAAGAUACUUCGCUGAUCUCGUCAGGGGUCCGCAUCGCGCUUAGGAUGGGUUGCGGGAGGAUAGAACUGGCAGAGACGCUCGACCGUUACGAUGCCACGACCUUGGCGUCUUUCUCUGCAGUGAUCCUCCUGAAUGAUAUCGAUGAACCCAUUCUGGCAACCAUGACCAAGGAACGCAUGGAUGCCCUUCGUGCCCUCUUCCGCCCGCAAAUGACCGUCCUCUGGGUUACAUACAAUGCUCGGUUCUCCAAUCCGGACCACGCAGCUUCAUUUGGAUUUGCCCGCACCUUGACAGCUGAGACCCCUGGCCUUGCCCUGCGAAUGCUCGACUUGGAUACCCUGGAGCCUGCUCCUGCGGUGGAAGCGAUUGUGGAAGCCUUUGCCCGGCUCGCGAACGAGGCCCUGAUUGAUGAAGAGGAUGUCAACAAACCGCUAUGGACCAAGGAACGUGAAGUGCACCUUGACAAGGGCCGUCGUCUUAUCCCGCGCGUCGUCCCAUGGAAGGACGGCAACGACCGCGUCAACGCCUCUCGUCGGGUGAUCUCGAACGCCAUCAAUAGUCUGGAACGUGUUGUACGCGUUGUGCCCGUCGAGUCCGAGGACGGCUCGUGCUUGUGUGAAGUCGAAGUCGAAGAUGUUGGUAACUCGGAUAUGGCGGCCGACCAGAGAGCGAUUCAGGUCGAGUACAGCACUGCGAGGCCGAUCAACAUCGCGGGAACCUUGUGCUACAUUUGUAUUGGAAGGAACCUGAAGAGUGGUAGGAUACAAGUCACUCUGACGGAGUCUAAUUCGUCUUACGUCAAGACUCCGCUGAUGAGCAUGGACGUCGACGACAAUAACGACGACAAGGCCGUCAAUCAGCCAGCCCUCCUUGCACGUCUGGUCCGAUAUGCCGCGGCCUUCAUCAUAUCACACACGGUGCAGCGGAAGUCGAUAGUUUUGGUUCAGCCGGACAAGCUCUUCUACGACUGCGCGAAGGACAUCCUCGCAAGAUGUGGCACACAACUCUGUAUUUGUUCGACCGACGAAGUUCUGUGCGCUGAAGUCCCUGGAGCAGUCCGCCUCCAACCCAGUUCUCCCAUGCGGGAGAUGAAGGCCUUGUACCCGCGUGAGGGCGCCUGGGUCAUCGACAUGCUCCCCACGUCGAGCGAGCUCUCUCAGACCCUCGAACAGCUCGUUGUUGAACUUGCGCUCUCCAAGGUGACGACGACGACGUCCGACGCUUCACCCACCACCACCAUGACAGUCCCGGAACUCCUGCAAUCCAAAUCCAACACCGAGAUGCCACCGUUCCAGAUCAUUGACUGGAAGGCGGAGCGCUCCGUCUCCCAGGUUGUCAAGCCGCUGGCCGGUACUCACCUGCUGCACCCAGCCAAGACGUACGUCCUGACCGGCCUGACGCGUGACUUUGGCCAGAGCCUGUGCACUCUUUUCGUCCAGCAAGGGGCGCGCCACAUUGUGCUAUGCAGUCGGAAUCCGCCAACGGCACAGCCAAACUGGCAGACCGAGCUCAUCGCCAGGGGCGUCACAGUUCGCUUCGAAGCGCUUGAUGUCACGAGCCUCGAGCAGGUUGUUGAGUUCAAGGCCAAGCUCGCCAAAACCAUGCCUCCCGUGGGUGGUGUUGUCAACGGCGCCAUGGUCCUGGACGACGGCGUCUUCUCAGAGAUGUCUCUGGAGACAAUGCAGCGCGUCAUGAAGCCCAAGACAGUUGGCUCGACAAAUCUCGACACGGUCUUCGACAGCCCCGACAUGGAGUUCUUCAUCAUGACCUCCUCAUUCGCGGCAAUUGGCGGCCAUGCCGGACAGUGCAACUAUGCGGCGGCCAACAUGUACAUGAACGGCCUUGCAGCCUCGCGUCGACAGCGUGGGCUGCCGGGUUCAGUUCUCAACAUCGGCGUCCUGUACGGCUUUGGGUUCUUGCACCGGGAGAAGCACAACUUGUACGAGGGCCUGGAGCGCGAAGGCUACCCGCCCAUCUCGGAGCGGGAUGUUCACCACAUGUUUGUCGAGGCUAUCAAGGCGGGCAAGGCUACGCCAGGCCAGAUCUACGACAUCACCACGGGCCUGCGGCGUUUCCCUGCCCAUGAUCCGACGCUCAACUGGCACUGGGACCCGCGGUUUUCGCACUUCACCUGCCGCGAGGAAGAGCUGGAGGCGGAACCUGCUGUGGAUGGUGAGCAGAAGAAGAGCUUCAAAGAGCUGAUCGAGGAGGCCGAGACCAAAGAGGAGAUUGUGGACAUCCUCGUACAUGCUUUUGUGGCCCGUCUUCAGAGCCAGCUGCACCUGGCAGACGGCAACGUCACGAGCGAGCAUAGCAUUGUCGAGCUCGGCGUGGACUCGCUGGCCGCUGUGGAGAUUCGCACUUGGGUCUGGAAGAAGCUCGGCCAGGACGUGCCUGUCAUGAAGUUCUUGGGCGGGUGCACCAUUCUGAAGCUCUGCCAGGAGAUUGCGGGCACGAUCGUGGAGUCGCGGAUGGCCGAGUCCAGCUCGGCGUCGUCCUCGACCAAGGGGAGCGAGGUGUCCACGCCGCCGAGCAGCAGUGCCUCUGUUAGCUCCUCGAGCUCGGCCGCAGUGGACGCCAGAGACAGAUAG